AUGGCAGAUGAGGGUACUGAAUAUUCAGAAGUGCAUAGAGUUUUACUCACUUACAUAAUAUCUGUUCGAUAUAUCAGUCAUAGUGAAUUGGAACCCAAAUUUGGUACGAUAGUACAGAAGCUUAAUCGAGAACUUCUAAAUGAUAAGACAUUAGAAGAUCUUUUACAAGAGCAUAUAACAUCCAUAAAUAGUAAAGUAAGUUUGCACGGUUUUAAAAUUGACAAGAUUAGACAUCAAGUAUCGGGGCAGUUACAUUACGUCUUAAUUAAUACUGUAUCGAAUGAAGUGAUUAAAGGAAAUACAAAUUACUCUGUAAAUGAGCUCGAUACGAUCAAACGAAUAAUAGACGAACUAGUCGAAUCUAGCAGUAUAGAUUUCUCCAUUGGAGUUGUCAAUGCUACACAAAAGGUAUCUAGUGGGUUGAACAAAACUAUGAAGGAGGCUGGGUCUGUGAUCACCAAAUUCAUUGAUGAUGGAUGGUUUAGUCUUACAUUUAACGAUCGAUUAAUAUUAUCUAUACGAUCUUUAAGUGAACUCAAAAGAUAUUUGAUAGAUAGAUAUGGUAUUGUUAGUUCCCAAACUGAUGGAAAGAUAUUUAGUUGCUACCAAUGCAAUGAAAUCAAUACUUUGGGAUUAAGAUGCCCUAUGGUCUAUUGUCAAAUAAACUUUCAUUAUAAAUGCUUAGAUAUUUAUAUGAGGAAUGAAACUAACAAAGGAAGAUGUCCCAAUUAUUCCAAUUGUUCGUACCAUUGGCCAGGAAGUGAAUUAUCAAAUAUUGAUCCGAAAAGGAUCGGAGUCGAUCCAAACUCAUUGUAUAAUUAA